UUUUUUCGAACAAGGAAGAAACAACGCAGUUAUGGCUUCGUCAACAGAUCUAAGCGCAGAAGCUGUUGUCAGUGCCGUUAGAAGUAAUUUGGUUGAUGUAGGAUUCGAAGUACACCCUUUCAAGAUUGGCUGGUACAAUGAGUAUGUGGAUAAACCAUAUGUACUGCCAUAUGACCCGGACACAUUAGCCGUGUUAGUGAUCAGUACACCUCGCAUGUUUGAGGAAGCCUUCAAACCAUUCGUCUGUCGCCAGCACUGUGAAGGAAUCAAAGACCCAAUAGAUGAAUGUGUUGCUCAUCAUUUUAAACUUGUGAAAGAGAAUUUUCCAGCUAUAGAGAUUGAAGCCAUCCAUGACUUUGAGUUAGACCUUAACCGUCGACCUAAAAUCCUGGUACAAACAGCAGGCCAUGUAGCUGGUGCAGUAUUCUACUACCAAAGAAAGGAUGUUGUACCUGACCACUGGAGUGAGAAUCAGAAAAUCUAUGGUGUGAGUGUUCAUCCAAAGUAUGGAGGCUGGUUUGCUUUUAGGGGGGUCUUAAUCUUUAAGACUAUCACCUGUCCAGAGCUUGUCAAGACAGCUCCCCCUGAUGUCAUCACCGAUAGGAACAAAAGGAUUGAGCUUCUGGAAAAGUACAAUAUGCACUGGGAGGACUGGAGUUUCAGAGACAUAAUUCCAGUGACAGAUAAAUAUUCUGAAGAACAAAAAGUAUACUUCGCAACUAAACCAGGGGAGAGACAAGUCAUUGUUCAGAAGAUAAAAAACAGUGCAGACAACACAAGUGAGCAAGGCCAUUAAAUCUCAGUGUAGUUUCUUGUUAUUGCUCCUACAACAAAGCUAGAGGUAUAUACAGCUUUGUUGAUAGACUGCUUAGUUCAAGUGAAGAGGUAGAAGUAACUAAAUCUCUCCUUUUAACAGAAUCUCUUUCAAACAUCCAUUAUUAAUUAAAUCCUGAAAAUGACGAAAGUGUGAUAUGGAUUUGAUGUCAAUGAUAAUCAGAAUGUAUAGAUAAGAUGUGCUUUAUAAAAAAAAUCAAUACAUGUUUAUUGGUA